CGGAAGUGGAAACCUUGCAUGCUGGUGACAGCAGGCCUCGUUCCCGGUGUUGUAAUUACACCAUGCUCCCGUCCCCGGCUGCAUUACACAAGGUCACUGACAGAUAAUUGCCGAGGGACCGAGCUGCAGCUCACACCUCACGGACAUAAAGGGAAGCGGUAUCUGCCAUCAAUGUGAAAAUGUCUUCAUUAAGCAGCACCAAAAUGGGGCUGUGCAUGUUGCUCUUCCGACCACUUACUGGGACAUCCAUGCUCUGUUGCCAUAAACGAAGUCCAACAAGUGCAUCCUCAUCUAAUGCUGCAGUUUCUACCAACUUGGCCCGUGGAAUGUCAGCAAUGGCUGGCCAGAGACGAAGACAUCCUUCAGCCAUGGACUUUCUAGAUCUGAAGGAGGUGAAGACAGCUGAAUCGUGUAAAGAGUUUAGAAGGUUCAUUGCAGAUCCUGCUCUAGCUCAGAUUGUCCUUAAGAGUUUAAAGCCCUGGGAUCAAAAAGGAGCUUCACCACUCAUUAUUGAGUGCAACCCAGGUCCAGGAAUUGUUACACGGAUGUUGCUGGAUACUGGUGCUAGAGUGGCUGCUUUGGAAAGUAACACACGUUUUCAUCCAUCCUUAAAGGCUUUACAGAAUGGCUGUGAUGGACAACUGGAGGUAGUUCAUUGUGAUUUUUUCAGAUUGGAUCCUUUAGGCCAAGGAACUAUGUGUCGUCCAGCAAUGUACUCUGAUGAGCUCUUUGAAAGUCUUGGGCAACUUCCAGUUCCGUGGACCGAAGAUGUUCCCAUAAAAGUUUUUGGAUUCUUACCUCACAAAAAUGAGAGGAAUAUGCUUUGGAAAAAUAUUUUUAGCCUUUAUGAAAGAAUAUCCAUUUACCAAUAUGGAAGGGUCCAGCUAAAUAUGUUCAUGAGUGAAAGCCAAUAUAAGAAAUUGAUUUCUGAACCUGGAGACAUGCGAAAUUACAUGGCACUUAGCGUAUUAUAUCAAGCAUCUUGUGAUAUAGAGCUUCUUCACAUGGAGCCUUGGUCAUCUUUUAUGAUCCCUUCACGUUUUCGAGGAAUGUCAAUACCAAAAAGCGCGUACAUCCCCAACGACCAUUUGUGUUUAGUACAAAUAACCCCUCAAAGGAACUUAUUCAACCAGAACUUUACCAGUAGAAAUGCAACUUCUUUUAUCUGCAUGAUAAGACAGUGUCUAGCCAAACGCAAGGCAAUAUUGGCUGACAGACUGAAUUCUUGGGAUCCAGGCAACGGACACAAACUGUUAAGCCAGUUGCAGCUUCCUGAUGACAUAUUAGCGGGAAAUAUAUAUCCACAGCAAUAUAAAAGUAUAUUUGAAGCAAUGCAACACUCUGAAGAUUUCAGCAGUUUGCUUUAUAAUGAGAUAUAUGAUCACGAUCGGUGUGGUUUUUGAGAUCAGAUUUCAGCGCUACAAAGACUGUGUAAAGAAGAGUAUUUGGAAAUGAAUUUCAAUAUUUCAGAUGAAUGUUACUGAAAAGGGAUACUUACACAAGUUAAUUUCAUUCCACCACUUAAAGGGACAUGAAACCCACAUUUUUUCUUUCAUGAUUUAGAAAGAGAAUGCAAUUUUAAACAUCUUUCUAAUUUACUUCUAUUAUCUAAUUUGUUUUAUUGAUAUUCUUUGCUGAAAAGCAUAUCUAGAUAUGCUCAGGAGCUGCUGAUUGGUUGCUGCACAUAGAAGCCUCAUGUGAUUGGCUCACCCAUAUGCAUUGCUUUGUCUUCAAAUAAGGAUAUCUAAAAAUGAAGCAAAAUAAAUAAUAGAAGUAAAUUGUAAUGUUGUUUUAAAUUUGUAUGUUCUAUCUGAAUCAUGAAAGAAAGAUUUUGGGUUUAGUGGCCCUUUAAAUUAACUUAAUGGAUUGUUUACUUAUUGAAAAGGACAGAGGAUAAUCAUAUUAAGCAUCUGUAUAUAUGUUUACAACAAUAAAAAAUAAUGCUGCACUGUA